AUGGCUGAUGUCCGAAGACUGCGACAUCUCAUCUACAACUACCCUAUCAUCGAUAACCACGCCCAUAACAUCCUCAGUCAAGAGAGCGCCACCGAUUACAGCCGAUAUCCGCUCGAGGCGGUGACCUCUGAAGCUCAGGGCAAAGCAUUGAUCGAUGAUGUUACAAAAAGCCUGUCUCACCAUAGAGCCGUUAAUCAGCUCGCCGAGUUGUAUGGCUGCGAGCCCAAGUGGGAAGCAAUCAAACUCGCCAGGCAAAAGGCAAUCGAGGAGGAUUACAGCGGAUUGGUGAAACGGUGCCUGGAAGGCACCCACAUGUUAUUGAUUGACGACGGGCUGGUUAGCGGUGAUGAUGUGAAGGGUUAUUCGUGGCAUGACGAGUAUACGAAUAGCACCACCAGAAGGGUGGUUCGCAUUGAGGCUGUCGCAAAGGAGCAGAUUGAACGCCUUGCCGAAGGUAUCCAAGCUCAAUUCCCUAAGGAUGUUGCACGGCUCAAGGAGAGUGUCUCCGAAUCCGGCUGGUUCAUCGACCGAUGCUUCGAUGAACUCGAGCUGAGGUUUAUGGAUAUCAUUCAUGAGGCGCUCGAUGAUCCUAUUGUUGCUGGGUUUAAGUCGGUUAUUUGCUAUCGAACCGGGCUUAAGGAUAUCAAAGCCCACUCCCGGGAGAAGAUCGUGUCGCAGUUUAUUCCUCAUCUUCGCACUGCCCUGGAUGGUGGAGGAGCGCGUAUUCAAGGAAAAUACCUCAAUGACCACAUUGUUACAAUGACUCUCGAUUGCAUCCAGGAGAAACUGACCCAGACUGGUGUCGGCAAACCCAUCCAGUUCCAUACUGGUCUUGGUGACGCAGAUAUCAAUUUGGUUCUAUCCAACCCAGCCCACCUCCAAUCUCUUGUUGAAUCUUACAGUACGGUCGAAUUCGUAUUGUUGCAUUCUUCAUAUCCAUUUACUCGAGAGGCCGGCUAUCUUGCGUCUAUGUAUAAGAAUGUUCACCUAGAUAUCGGUGAAGUAUUUCCAAUGGUUAACAGAGACGGCCAGCUGUCCAUUCUACGUCAAAGCCUGGAAUUAGUCCCGACAUCCAAGAUUCUCUGGAGCACAGAUGGCCAUUUCCACCCUGAAACAUUCUGGCUCGCGAAUAAACAAUUCAGAGAGAUAAUGGAUGCGGUUCUACUUGAAUAUGUGGCCAAAAAGGACUUGACUAUUGCACAGGCAAUGGAUGCCGUCAAAGGCAUUCUGUUUGACAAUUCCAACCAACUCUAUAGCCUCGAUCAGACAGCAGAAUAUCAUCCCGGGGAUUCCUUCCAAACCACUAUCAGAUCGCCUAUGACACCUAGCCAGAAUACUCCUACUUUGGACAGGUUCCUGGAAAUCAACUCGCAUGUUGAGUUUAUAUGGGCUAUACUUCUGGAUUACACAGCUACUGCUCGUGUUCGCAUGUUUCCGAUUCGGGAGUUUGCGAAGAUCGUCAAAGGAGAGCGAAAGGUCGGAAUUACCUUGGCAAUAUUGAACAUGAUUCAAAAUGAUACUGCCGUUCCCCCAGGCCCGCUGAUCGCUGGCCAGCUUUAUCUAAAAUUCGACCUGAGCACCUUGAGUAUCAAUGCUGGCAUCGCGUCAAAGAGUGCUACAGUAAUGACGUUUUGGGAAACCGAAGAUGGGAAACCACAAGAAGGUUGUCCCAGAACAAUCCUGCAGACUAUUGCCAACAAAUGCGAAACAGAAUUCGAGGUCAAACUGCUUUGUGGCUUCGAAAUCGAAGUCGUUUUUAUGGAAAAGUCCAACUCCGACAGUGGUCCAACUGUUUACAAACCCUGGCUUCGGAACCAUUUUUGGUCAAAUAUGACCAGUGACACGCGCCGUGCUCUCCCGUUAAUCGAAGAUAUCGUUUCCGAACUUGCAAAAAUAAAUGUUUUCAUUGAACAGUUCCACACCGAAUCCGGGCCCGGCCAAUUCGAAUUUAUCCUCCCGCCUGCAUCCCCAUUAGAGGCAGUCGACACACUUUUCAAAGCCCGGCAGACAAUCGUCCACCUCGCUGAACGGCAAGGCCUCCGCGCAACCCUAUAUCCGCGCCCCUUUGCUUUCUCAGCCGGAACAGCGGCGCAUGUCCACAUCUCCAUCAAUCCAGCGGCCAAAGAAACAUCCUUUCUUGCCGGUUUGUUGCAUCACUUGCCCGCCAUUCUCCCGUUUACGUUUCCACAAGAUGCGAGUUACGAGCGUGUAAAGGAAGGAAUCUGGGCGGGAGGUGUAUGGGUUGCGUGGGGCUAUCAGAAUCGAGAGACGCCAGUGAGAAAGAUCUGUCCGGGCCAUUGGGAGGUUAAAUCGAUGGAUGGACUGGCAAAUCCGUAUCUAGGUGCUGCGGCUAUAAUUGCGGGUGGUUAUUUGGGAAUGAAGUCGGGGAUGGAAUUGAGCAUACAGGAUUGUAGAGUCGAUACGGCGACCCUUUCUUCUUCACAGAGGGCAGAGCUUGGAAUUUACACCCGCAUGCCAGAAUCAUUGGAUCAAGCCCUAGUCGCCCUGGAAGCCGAUGCGCAACUUCGCGAUGUUUUGGGCAAAGGGUGGGUUGACAGAUACAUUGGGGUUCGGAGAGGCGAGCAAGCAAUGCUGAACAAGAUGAGUGAGGAAGAGCGAAAGACCUGGUUGAUUGAGCGGUAUUAG